ACUGCUUGAGUAUAAUUGAUCUCAAAUUUUGAACAUUCUGUAAUGUCGAUAACUAGAUUUUUAUCGCGUAGAGUUAAUCAACAUUUAGGUAUUAUUGGACUAGUUUUCUUUUUUGUUCUUGUGACAAAGAUGACAUCCGUAAACUAGGUUCUAAAACGGAAUUUGACAGAAUUGCCGCCAUGGACCCGUCAGAUCACAUGGUUCUCGAGUACAUUCGAAAGUAUCAUUUAUUUCCACCGGAAAAUUUGCCAUACGCAUUUGACUCUCCCAUCGAACAGCUCGAUGGCCAAUCCCCGCAAGGACUUCCGAUUGCGGAGGUUACAAAUUUCAAGAAAAACGGCUUCUUCAUCGAAUGUGGUGCGAAUGACGGGGAGUUUUUUGCAAACACGUUAGGACUUGAGAUCGGCUCAAGCUGGACCGGGCUUUUGAUAGAAGCUUCUCCAAACUUGUUUCAAAAGAUGAAGCGAAAACACAGAAAGGCUUGGCUGUCCGAUGUCUGCUUAAGUGGAGAAAUCGAAAGGAUUGAAUUUCUAAAAUCUACCCUGAACGAUAAUCCGUGGAGGGUUGGACAGGGAAAGAUUAAUCCAGGGAGAAAGUACAAGUUGCCGGCAUACCUCGGCGAACCAAUUGAUUUAAACCGUCACGAAGUGGAAGGAGUCGUGGAAUGUUUUCCUUUGCAAAGCAUUUUAUGGGCAAUGAACCUGAAAACGGUGGACUUUUUCAGUUUGGAUGUGGAAGGACAUGAAUAUCAAAUUUUGAAGGAUUUCCCCUUUCAAUCUUUUGACAUCAAGGUUCUCGCCGUGGAACACUGGGUCGCUGUGGAGGGUAAAGAAGCAAUCCGGAGCCUUCUCUUGUCGAAUGGAUAUCAUUUACAGUUCGAAUCCGAAUCAGACUUUAUAUUUGUGAAGAACAAGAUCAAAUAAAAACAUGGAUACAAUAGUAA